CUUCUACUGUGUUCUAGACACUGUUCUAGGAAUAUAGCACCUGCAAACAGACAUGGUCUCUGUCCUGAUGGAACUUAAGCUCCUGUUGGGUCUGGAGGACGGAGUUGUAGAGGAAGCGUCUGAUGACAGUGGGGGUCAUGACUUCCAUGGCCAUCCUGCCCCUGCUGUUUGGCUGUGUGGGCAUCUUCAGCCUCUUCAAGCUGCUGCAGUGCGUGAGGACGAAGGCCAGCCUCCAGGAUGCUGUGGUGGUCGUAACAGGCGCCACCUCAGGACUGGGGCGAGGUGGGUCCUGGAGGCAGUGCUUGCAGGGGGAGGAAAGCCAUCCUGUGCUUGGGGAGCAGCUCAGCUACUCGGGGACCACAACACAGGUGCAAAUAAGUGAAGCAGAAUGUGCCAAAGUCUUCUAUGCUGCAGGUGCUAAGCUGGUGCUUUGUGGCCGGAAUAGGGAGGCACUAGAAGAGCUCACCAAAGAACUCACUGCUUCUCAGGCCACCAAGGUGCAGACACACAAGCCUUUCACAGUGACCUUCGACCUCACAGACCCUGAGGCUGUUGUUGGAGCAACAGCUGAGAUCCUGCAGUGCUUUGGUUAUGUCGAUGUACUCAUCAACAAUGCUGGUGUCAGCUACCGUGGUGCCAUCCUAGAUACCACCACAGACGUGGACAAGAGAGUCAUGGAGACAAACUACUUUGGCCCAGUAGCUCUAACGAAAGCAUUCCUGCCCUCCAUGAUCAAAAGGCGACAGGGCCACAUCGUCGCCAUCAGCAGCAUCCAGGGCAAAAUCAGCAUUCCUUUUCGAUCAGCAUAUGCAGCCUCCAAACAUGCGACCCAGGCAUUCUUUGACUGUCUUCGUGCUGAAAUGGAACAGUAUGAGAUCAAGGUGACCAUAAUCAGCCCCGGCUACAUCCACACCAACCUCUCUCUAAAUGCCAUCACUGCUGAUGGCUCCAGAUAUGGAGUUAUGGACAAGACCACGGCCCAGGGCCGAAUGCCUAUGGAGGUGGCCCGAGAUGUUCUGACUGCUGUGGUGAAGAAAAAGAAAGACGUGAUCCUGGCUGACCUGUUGCCUUCCUUGGCUGUAUAUCUGCGAACUCUGGCUCCUGGGCUCUUCUUUAGCCUCAUGGCCUACCGGGCCAGAAGGGAGCAGAAAUCUAAGAACUCCUAGUGCCACACAGAGUUGUGUAUUACUGGAUGUUUGUCUGAUAGGUGGGAAAGAUGGAGGUACACGUGUCCUGCAGAUCCCUGGAAAGACCCCUGCUGGCCCAGAAUGAGAAACAAAAAGGUAUCUUCCCAGCUGUGUGGGUUAAUUCUUAAGGAGUCAAUGUGGAUCUGGGUUUUAAUACUGAGACUAUGAAAUAAAUGAAUGGACUGUUAAGAGUCAUAGUCCUUACAGAUUAGAAUAACCAUGUCUCCUUGGAAUUCUAGCCUCCGCCAGCUCCUAGAAAAUGUUUCAAUCUUGACAUCAGAAGACAGCCUGACAUCACCUUGACCCAGUUAUUUUCAUGUUUGACUUACCCAAGACCACUUGCCUAACUGGUUUGGUAGAGUCCAUUUCCAAUAGUAAAGGGAGAAGGCUAUAGUUUAAGAUGGCAUUAUUCAUAUCCAUUCCUAGGGUCCUACAAUAUGUCAUUCAGCACAGCAAAAGGCUAAUGUGAUCAAUCAUAUGACAUAUCUCAAGUGAUACCAGCUUUAGUACCAAAAAGGCAUUCCCCAGUUUCCUUGUUGACUCCCACCCAAAGCCCAUAGGACCAGGGACCACUCCAAGAUGAAUUUCCUGAGACGGCAGCCAAGGGGGAAAGGAAAACCCUCAUGAUCCCAUGUGUCCUCUAGUAUGAGACUCAGAAACCCAGUGAGGUGGCAGGGGUUCUACAGCUGUGACUGCUCCCUGGUGAAAGCAGCCCAUUUGUUAGCUAUGACAGUGGCAGAGUAGCCAGAAAGGAUGCCUGUGUCCAUCUUUCUGACUUAUUAACAAUAUAUGGUUGAGGCUCAUUGAAUAAAUAAACUUCAUACUCAA